AUGGAGAAGGCAUUCGAUAAUAUCAAAUGGAAGACUUUUUUUUCCGCAAACAUUUCUAUCUUGGUUAAUGGGAGUUCCACGGAGAAGUUUAGACCUUCUAAAGGCCUGCGACAAGGAGACUCUUUGUCUCCAUUUUUGUUUCUGCUAGUUGUAGAGGUGCCUUCUAAACUUAUUAAAGAUGCUGCUCUUAGAGGACAGAUACAUGGUUUUAAGGUUGCUGAAAAUGAUAUUGAGGUGACUCAUUUGCAGUUUGCGGACAAUACCCUCAUAUUUAUUAAUGCUGAUGAUGUUGAAUUGAGAAGGUUGCUACUUAUCUUGUCUACUUUUGAGAUGCUGACAGGGAUGAAGCUGAACCUAGACAAAAGCUGA